AUGGCGCAAAAGGCAAAGAAAGACCGCGCGAAAGCAAACAUCGCCAGCCUCAACAGUCUUCACAUCGGCACUGCUACGGCCAAUGGCAUAUUCCUCCUCUUCAACCUCCUCAUUAAACGCCGCUCCCUCCUCGCGUGGACCGUCCUCUCGAUUCCCUCCAUCGUCGCCGAGUACAUCCUCGAAACAUCUGGCCGUCCCAAAUACGAUGCCGCUACCAAGACCUUGAAAAGCUCUGGCGAGGACCUUGCUGCUCCCGGAUUGACGGAAUAUAUGUUCGAUAUCAUUUGGGUUACCUGGCUGUGCUUGAUCUCCGUCAUUAUAUUUGGAAACUGGGGAUGGAUUGUUUGGAGCAUCAUCCCAGCCUAUGGGCUGUAUAAGGGGUAUGGAUUAUUGGGAAUGGCUAAGGGUAUGAUGGGUGGUGCGCAGGCUGGACAGAUCCCUGAGGAGCCUGUUGCUGCACCAGGAAACAGGAAGCAGAGAAGGGCUGCAUAG